CUAGGUCACUGAACAACGAAAAACCGACCAGAAAGCUAUUGAUAAGCCAAUCCUUGCCGCUAUCAAGAAGAAUCCAGAGCACAAAUUCCUCUUUGGUUAUCUGGGAUCACGAUUCAUGUUGGGAAAGAGGCAAUAUCCUCACAACAUGGUGUUCUAA